AUGGAGACCAUGACUGUGAGUGCUUCGGCCUCAGGGCUGGACGAGUUCGACCGCAACGCUCCCAAGAUCUGUGGCGUGUGUGGAGACAAGGCCACCGGGUUCCACUUCAACGCCAUGACCUGCGAGGGCUGCAAGGGCUUCUUCAGGCGCAGCAUGAAGAGGAAGGCCAGCUUCACCUGUCCCUUCAACAGUAGCUGCACCGUCACCAAGGACAACCGACGCCACUGCCAAGCUUGCCGUCUCAAACGCUGCGUCGACAUCGGCAUGAUGAAGGAGUUCAUCCUGACAGACGAGGAGGUGCAGAGGAAGAAGGACCUGAUCCAGAAGAGGAAGGAGGAGGAGGCGGCGAGGGAGGCCCAGCGCCCUCGUCUGAGCGAGGAGCAGAGCCAGGUCAUCUCCUCCCUGGUGGAGGCCCACCGCAAGACCUACGACGACUCCUACUCCGACUUCAACCGCUUCAGGCCCCCGGUGAGGGAGGGUCCAGUGACCCGCAGUGCCAGCCGUGCUGCCUCUCUCCACUCUCUGUCUGACGCCUCCUCUGACUCCUUCAACCACUCUCCAGAGUCCGUGGACACUAAGCUGAUGAACUUCAGCAGCCUGCUGAUGAUGUACCAGGACAGCGCUGGAGGCAGCCCUGACUCCAGCGAGGAGCACCACUCCAAGCUAUCCAUGCUGCCUCACCUGGCUGACCUGGUCAGCUACAGCAUCCAGAAGGUCAUCGGCUUCGCCAAGAUGAUCCCCGGGUUCAGAGACCUGACUGCGGAUGACCAGAUAGCUCUGCUGAAGUCCAGCGCCAUUGAGAUCAUCAUGCUGCGCUCCAACCAGUCCUUCAGCCUGGACGACAUGUCCUGGAGCUGUGGAGGACCCGACUUCAAGUACUGCAUCACCGACGUCACCAAGGCGGGUCACACUCUGGACCUGCUGGAGCCGCUGGUAAAGUUCCAGGUGGGGCUGAAGAAGCUGAACCUCCAUGAGGAGGAACAUGUGCUGCUGAUGGCCAUCUGCCUGCUGUCCCCAGAUCGUCCAGGGGUCCAGGACCAUGUGAAGAUAGAGCAGCUCCAGAACCAGCUGUCUGAGGUCCUCCAGGCCUACAUCCGGAUCAACCACCCCGGCUGCCAUCUGCUCUACGCCAAGAUGAUCCAGAAGCUGGCUGACCUGCGCAGCCUGAACGAGGAGCACUCCAAGCAGUACCGCUCGCUGUCCUUCCAGCCGGAGCACAGCAUGCAGCUCACCCCGCUGGUCCUGGAGGUGUUCGGCAGCGAGGUGUCCUAGUGCCCCCUCCCCCAGGGCCCCUGUAAUGCACCCCCCUUGACACCUUCCCUCCAGGGCCCCUGUAAUACACCCCCCUCGACACCUUCCCUCCAGGGCCCCCAAACAAGCCCCCUACCCCCCCAAACAUACCUACCAUGGCCCCUUAAACAAGCAACCCUCACCUGUAACCCAUUUAUAGCCCUUACUCACCCCCUUCAUGUACCUCCCAAAACCUGCUCCCUGGGCCCCUUAAUCAAGCCCUCCACCCCCCUCACCCUCCAGCCUCCCCAGGGGGCCCCAGCAUCCCUCACCC